CGGUUUUGCCUUUUAAAUUGUUUCCCUGAGAGAGAUUAUCGGAUCAUAUUUAAAUCUGUCUGCAAGUUUCCGAAAACCACAAUCAUUUUUAUGAUCCAUCGGAAACAUGAGUACCGGGGAGCUUCUGAAUGUCGAACCUGUGGAGCUUAAAUUCCCAUUUGAAUUGAAGAAACAGAUCUCAUGCUCGCUUCAGUUAUCCAAUAAAACCGAGAAUCAUGUAGCUUUCAAGGUGAAGACGACGAACCCAAAGAAAUAUUGCGUUCGUCCGAAUACUGGAGUCGUUUUGCCUCGAUCAACAUGUGACGUAAUAGUAACAAUGCAAGCCCAGAAAGAAGCUCCUCCUGACAUGCAAUGCAGGGACAAGUUUCUUCUUCAGAGUGUUGUUGCUACCCCAGGAAUCGCUGCCAAGGACAUUACCCCUGAUAUGUUCAGUAAGGCGCCAGGGCGUGUCGUGGAAGAAUGCAAAUUGAGAGUGUUAUAUCUUCCUCCACCUCAACCGCCUUCGCCAGUUCUCGAGGAACCUGAUGAAGGGGUCUCACCCAAAGUGUCAUUUAAUAGUAGGAAUUUGAAUGGACCUGAGGUUACACGACAAAAUGUGGAUUCUGAUGAUAAAUCCUCUGAGGCAAGAGCUCUCAUUUCAAAGUUGACUGAUGAAAAGAAUGCUGCAAUUCAACAAAGCAACAAAAUUCGUCAAGAAAUUGAGCUCUUGUCGCGUGGCGUCAACAAAAGUCAAGGGGGUGGUGUCUCGAUUGCCGUUGUCAUCGCCAUCGCGUUAAUUGGUCUACUUUUGGGGUACCUCUUGAAGAAUAAUUGAGCUUGAAAUUUCCAGUUGCCCUUAACAUUGUCAAAAUUGAUGUAAAAAUGAAAAAUUCAUGUAAUUGAUGUUUACAAUUAUUUACCUUUGACAUAGUGUUGUGGGGUUAGAAGGGAACCUUAUGUAGGUAGCCUUG